AUGUAUUCCCUCACCACUUCUUGUCUGGUCUUGUUCUUCCUCUUCUUUUCAUUCCACCCUCUUCCUUGUGUUGUAAGUAAAGAAGACCUUGGUUGGUGUAAGGCUCUGUUCCAAUGUGGUAAUCUCACUGCUGGUUUCCCCUUCUGGGGUGGGAAUCGUCUCAAACCUUGUGGUCAUCCGUUACUGGAGCUUCGCUGCCUCAAAGACGGCAUCACCUCUCUAAGCAUCUCAAACCAUGAGUACAAUGUCUUUCAUAUAGAUCAAACACGUAAUACUCUUAGACUUGCUAGAACAGAUCUUUUAGGUUCUUUUUGUUCCGCUAAAUUCAAAACCGCAACCUUGCCCCACGAGAUCUUUAAGCUUUCCCCAACGUAUAAGAGCCUCAAUGUUUUAUACAACUGUGAUCCUAAGUUAUCUUACCGCUCAAGUUAUACAUGUCCAGAUCUAGGUCUUUUUUCAAUGUCUCAAAGCCUUGAUUACAAGUAUUCCUGCCAAGACAGUUUCACAGUUAACGUUCCAACGAGUUUUGUUCCAGAGGAGAAAGAGUUAAAUUUGACCAAUUUAGAAAGUACUCUACGAGAAGGGUUUGAGAUGAAGCUAGUGAUCGAUGAGAUACCAUGUCAAGAAUGUUCAUCCACUCAAGGAAUCUGUGGUUUCAGCAGUACCACACAGGUUUGCUGCAACGUAACCUCACCAUCUGGUGGUGUUAGUUGCCUUCCACACCCUCAACCUAGUGCUGAUGAGCUUAAGCGACGCUGCAGCGAAAAGUUUAGCUGCGGAGAUCAGCGCGAUCUCUAUUACCCUUUUUGGGUACCUGGCAGAGAAUACUGUGGCCACCCUGACUUCAAACUCGACUGUAGAGGAGAAUUAGCAGAACUUAACAUCGCCUCAGUGAAGUUCAGAGUCUUAAAUAUGAGCAAUGAUUCUAUUAUCAUAAGGCUAGCCAGAUCAGAUUAUAUCGGCGAUCUUUGUCCUUCAAAUCCACUAAAUGAACCGCUUAUCGAAAACGUCCUUCAGUUCAGUUCUGACACAGAGCUGCUGACAUUAUACUACGAAUGCCAACUAAAUUCAUCGGUUAGUUCGGCUACUAGCUACACUGGAGAGUUUGGCUGUGAUAGCGGAAAAAGUUAUUAUGUAACUAAAAACCUCUCAUCACCUUUACUUGACAGGUUUAGAGGCGUUUUAAACAACUUUAGGGGAAUGUGCAAAAGAAAAGUCAGUGUUCCUGCCUCUGGACCGGCUUUAAAAACACUUCAGGGAAAUCCAAAUACAUAUAAUCUACAAAAGGCUCUUGAACAGGGUUUCGAGCUCGAUAAUUCGAAUUGUUCCGUAUGUGUUUUGUCCGGCGGUUCUUGUGGAUAUAAUAGUCAGAACUCAAGUGUGUUUAUCUGCUAUUGUAAAGAUGGACCGCAAGACUAUCAAUGCGAUUUUGAAUUAAAUGGUAACAUAUCUUUUAUCUAUAUGUUACAGAUCAUUGGUAUUCUCAUUGUUUUGUGUACAAUAGUAGGUAUAAUUGCAUGCUUGGUGUUAUUGUGUCCUUGUUGCAAAGUCCAAAUAUUCCGGAAGAGAAAAACAUCAGAUGAUCGGAGACAAGAGAAGCUAAAGGCCCUUAUUCCACUAAAACAUUAUACUUAUGCACAAGUGAAGAAAAUUACAAAGUCAUUUGCGGAAGUGGUUGGGAAAGGCGGAUUUGGCAUAGUUUAUAAAGGAACCCUUUGUGAUGGUCGUAUGGUUGCGGUGAAAGUACUGAAAGAAUCAAAGGGUAAUAAUAGUGAAGACUUCAUCAAUGAAGUUUCCAGCAUGAGCCAAACAUCUCAUGUCAACAUUGUUUCCUUGCUUGGUUUCUGUUCUGAAGGUUCAAAGAGAGCAAUUAUUUAUGAAUUUUUGGAGAAUGGGUCGCUCGAUAAGUUCAUCUCGGAGAAUAUGUCAACGAAGUUGGAUUUAACGACACUCUAUGGGAUCGCGCUAGGAGUAGCUCGUGGUCUAGAGUACUUGCAUUAUGGCUGCAAAACAAGGAUUGUGCAUUUCGACAUUAAACCUCAAAAUGUACUGUUGGAUGAUAAUCUCUCGCCCAAAGUUUCUGAUUUCGGACUUGCUAAAUUGUGUGAGAAGAAGGAAAGCAUCUUGUCAAUGAUGGAAACAAGAGGUACAAUAGGAUACAUUGCACCAGAGAUGGUCUCUCGAGUUUAUGGAAGUGUUUCUCACAAGUCCGAUGUUUAUAGCUACGGAAUGUUGGUCUUCGAAAUGUUGGGUGCACGGAAGAAAGAAAGAUAUGGUCACACUUUUGCAUCGGACGCUAGCUCAAUGUACUUUCCAGAAUGGAUCUAUAAGGAUCUUGAGAAGGGAGACAAUGAGGAUCUUGAAAAGGGAAACAUUGGAAAGUAUAUUGGGAAUGGAAUCAGCAGUGAAGAAGAGGAGCUAGCAAAAAAGAUGACAUUGGUGGGAUUGUGGUGUAUUCAGUCUUCUCCAUCAAACCGUCCACCGAUGAAUAGAGUAGUAGAGAUGAUGGAAGGAAACUUGGGUGCUCUUGAAGUGCCACCAAGACCUGUUUUGCAGCAAAUUCCUGUCGUACCUCUUGAUCUUGAAUCUUCUUGGAUAUCAGAAGAAACUUCAAGCAUCUCUGAGAUUGAAAAUAAUAACCUUCCAAGUUUGUGAAAAAAAUACUGUUGUAAA